AUGCCGCUCAUGCCCCACGAGGUCUACGAUGGCUGCAUGCCGACCGCAGAGACUUGUUGUGGUGAGUGCCAGGGCAUCAUGGCCAAGGUCGUACAAGGCUGUGUGCUAAAGUGCGCCAUGAACGCAAUCGAGCAAGUUGUAUGCGGGGCCUGCACAACUUCCUCCCGUUAUCAAUUGGGGAUUGCAGACUGCGAAGACUCGGAGACACUGGAAUCCCUUGUUGCCUGUGACAGCAUCAAAAAGGAGUUUGCUGACAUCCGUCACUUGUCCCUUGAGGAAGCUGUAGCAGAAGCUACCCCAGCUGCCAUCGACCUAAUAAAGAAGGCUGCCUUCUUUUUGUUUGGUCUGUCCAAACAGGGCAAGUCCACUCUGGUCAACCUGUUGCUGCAAGAGAUGGGGAACAACGAGAAUCCGGCGCUUGUUGAAUACAUGGAUCCCUGCACACGAAGUGUGGAGACUUACAAGCAGACGGUUGAGGCAUGGACCACACCAGGCGUUAAGGAGGAGGUGAUCCUCUUCGACACGGAAGGCUGGGAGCUCGGACAACAGAAAUCGGCAGAAGAGCUAUUCGGGCAAUGCCUCCACAAUGGCCAAAGGGAGGGCAUCGAGCCGGUGAUUUUGCAGCAGCGGUUGGUUCUAGUUCUCGUCCUGAAUGCAGAACGUCGAGGCGACAUCAACGACCCCAAGUUCUUGGACUUGGUCGGGAAGGUGUGUAAAAAAGCUGCAGAAGUGGCCAAGGUUUCGGAAAACAGCUGCUGCCUUGGGCAAGCCAGCUGCAAGACCGGGCCAAGACCUGUGCUUCUUCCGGUCGUCUCAAAGAGCGAUCUCUUCAAGCCGCCAGAGAAGUGCAAGGAAGUUUGCAAAGCGUUCACUGAGACCCUGAAGAAGAAAGUCGGCGGCCUGGUGGACGUGAAGGAAGCGAAGGGCGUGACCGAAGAACCGGAUGCAUCUGGCAGGAGGCCUUCGAUACGUGAGCUGCAGCAGGUCUUGGCCGACAUCUCCAAGGAGCAGCUCCAAUCAGAGCAGCUUCUGGAGAAGGUCAAGCAAAUGAUUGAGGACGACCUGCUGAAGUACCUGCGAGAUUGGGAUGGCAAAGGAUUGAAUGCAACCUCCUCCUUGGUUCGGCGAUUUCUGUGGGCCGUGGCGCGCCACCGCGGGUUGCGCAUCAAGGACCUUCACGGCAAGAGCCCGAGGAUGAACUGGGAACAAGCCGAGAAGGUAAUGGCACACAUCAGGGCCGCGGGCACUUCCAGGAAUAUCUCGGAGAAGGGCUCCACUCGUGUGGACAUCUGCCUCCACGACUCGAGCCACCGCGGGCUCCGAAGCAAGGCGCUCAUCAACUUUCUGCUCAACCGAUAUCCAAUGGCCAGGCCGGUAACGCUGGUGCUCAAGCAGUGGCUCAUCGAACAGGCGUACUCUAUGUCGCACAGCGGCGGGCUUUGCUCCUACGGCCUCCUACUGAUGGUGGUCGCAUUGCUGCAGCACUUUCCAGCCACCAGCCUUGCAGCGGCCUUGGUUGGCUUUCUCAACUUCUACGGCCGGCGCUUUGACCCACAGCUCUAUGGUGUCAGCGUUGCCCGUGCCGCGUUUCUCAAGAGGAAGAGUCCCACGACGUGGCCGCCAGAACAGGCCGAGUUGGUGGAGCGUGGCCUACUACACCCCACUAGUGCGCCUGCAGGCAAAGAGAUUUGCGGUGAGGAAGCGCACAGGUUUGAUCCGCUAUGGGUUGAGGAUCCUGUGAACCCGACGAACAACGUUGGGCGAAACUGCUUCCGCAUCCGCCAGAUUCAGCGGUCGCUAGCGCGGGCCGCAGACGUUGUUGCUGCAAACGAGGCUGGUGCGACUCUCCGGGCCAUUCUGAGGGUCGAAACGUACGGCGCCGGAGAUGGCCAGGAGGCAGAGGCAGAGGCCUUGUCCAUGCGUGCCAAGCAUGACCUCCAGGAGGACUUGUACCUCAGCCUUGUGGAGCAUGGUGGCAACCUCAUGUUGCCCAUCUCGGCCCAGGGGCGAAUGGCCAGGAGCCACCUCCCUCAACAGUGGGACAGCGUCGUGCGCUACGCUGAGAGCUCCAUGCGUCCUGCAGGCUCUGUUGCGCGCUAUUGA